ACAGUUGAGACGGUGUGUACGGAACCUACGCAAAAUAUCUGUUACGCGCAAGACCCUCUGCCCGUCUACGUAACAAUGUAUAAUAUACACACGCAGAGUGGAACCGGGCUUAGUGUGAGCCCGGCCGCGAACGAAACCCCGUCUUUUCGCCACUUUAGCGGAAUAAAAACUUUAUGAAUGAAAACAUUGUGAUUUGUGUGAAGUGGUUUAUUUAGUAUUCUGUGUAAAAAAUAUAAUUACGUAAACUGACCGGAAAACGAUGUAGGAAUUAUAUGAACACCAAAUACAGCUGGCUGUGAUUUUAUAAUUGUGGAGAUAAAAGAAUUGAAGAUGACAGACGGAGUGGUAUAUCAGAAGCAGAGAGUGUCUCCGUUCUUGAGACAGUUGCUAGCGGUGAGCGGCAUAGUGAUGUACAUGAUCGGCACCGGCGCCAACAUCGCGUACCCUGCUGUGUUGCUGCAACAGCUACGAGAACCUGACACCGCGAUUAAACUCACUCCGGAACAUGAGUCUUGGAUUGCAUCAAUCCUGGGCCUGGCGCUGAUCUCCGGAAUAGUGGUGGCUCCAUUCAGUCUGCAGCGCCUUGGACGUCAACUCACGAACCAGCUCAGCACUCUCCCAGCGCUAGGCGGCUGGGGGCUCAUGGUAGCUGCAAGAGGUCCUACCGCGCUACUAAUAAGUCGAUCUAUGCAGGGAUUUGCAAUGGGUCUCCAAGCUGCCGCCGCACCCGUGUCCAUUGCAGAAUACUCCUCACCGAAACACCGCGGCGCCUUCCUCGCAACUAUAGCAUUCUCCUUUGCGACUGGCAUGCUUGUCGCCCACAUCUUCGGCACCCUUAUGUACUGGAGACCAGCUGCAAUAGCCUGUGGCAGUUGUUAUGCACUAUCCCUAAUCCUGAUAUCACUAACUCCAGAAACACCGUCGUAUCUAGCUUCAAAAGGCUUGAACAAUGAGUGCAGAAGGUCUUUCCGAUGGUUUAGGGGAUACGACCACAAUUCUGAGAAAGAGUUGGAAGUUCUCAUUCAAAGCCAGAUGAAACCAGUGCCAGUGGUGAGUUCGACGACAAAGCACCAAACAAGGCUUGAGAGGUAUUUGGAGAUCGCGAAAAAGCCUGAGUUCUAUAAGCCCACCGUGAUAAUGAUGUUCAUGUUUGUGCUGUUCCAAGUAUCUGGGAUGACAGUGGUGCCCUCGUAUACUGUACCCAUGAUGGAAGACGUCACAGGUGGUACCAUAGACGCGAAUAUGAGCAUGUUAAUGGUUGACGUCGUGAGGUUUGCUACAGCAGUGCUAGCCUGCGUGGUUGUCAAUAAGUUAAACAGGCGCACAGUCUUAUUCUUGGGCAUUAUUAUUACAGUCGUUUCCCUGUUCUCUGUUUCUAUACUCCUUUAUCUGCGAGAUUUUGGAUAUAUUCCUGAGCAAUACAAAUGGACGCCCGUCAUUCCUACCAUGACUUACAUCUUUGGUAAAACAUUGGGUAUAUUACCAAUACCAUGGGCGAUAGCUGGCGAAAUCUUUCCCCUGGCAUAUAGGAGUUUGGGUAGUGGAAUUUCUGGGAUGUUCCUCUCUAUAAUGUUCUUUGUCGUAGUCAAAACAGCUCCUAUGUCGUUCGAAAUUAUCGGGCUUCAUGGAACCUUCUGUGUCUAUGGAGCUUCUAUUAUGGUUUGCGGUAUUUUCCUGUACUUCCUGCUACCAGAAACUAGAGGAAAGACGUUGUAUGAAAUAGAAUGCCACUUCAAAGGAGUUAGAGAUGAUAAUAAACUUGAGCCAGGAGAAAAUGUCAGAAUGCUUGAGUUAGAAAAAGUGGAAGGUGGAUGAUGGAAUGUGGGAACACAUAGGAAAUAUUCUGCCGCUUCAGAAAUUAGGCCCCGGAAAGCGAGUGAUACCAUCAGAUUGUAACGACCAGACAAGUAUUUUUAUAAUACUCAUUCUUAAAAAUUAAACAAAGUAAGAAUA